AGGUCGGACGUUUCAAAACGUCCGCGGACGCGACUGAUAACGAGCGUGGUCUUUCGGACUCGUUCAGACCUCAAACAUUAUCCGUAUCCGUAGAAGUAAUCAGUGCAAUAUUAUAUUACAUUCUCUUUGUGUUUUGAGUAUAAUUAUACCUUGGGUACGUACGAUUUCGCUCGAUUGCGAUGGAAGAAAAGCUAAUUGAAUGUGUUUGUGGCUACGAGUGCCUUUAUAAUGUUAAAUCGCGUAAAUACAAAGACACUGCACUGAGGCAAGAGGCUUGGCAAGAAAUAGCUGCUGAAUUAAAUAGCACAGCUUCAGAAUGUAAGACCAAAUGGAACCUGCUACGUAAUGCGUACCUGCACGCUCUAUCCAGAAGGAAAAUUGCGGCUAGCCAUGGAAUGAAGAACUUAAAAAAAUGGAAGUUCGAAGAUGAAAUGCGUUUUCUAUUGCCAUUCAUGGCAAACAGAGAUACGAUUUCGGAAUCGAAUGGAGAUUUUUUAAAUGAAAAUAGAGAAUAUUCAAACGAAAAUAUUGAAGUUGAAGAGUCAAAAAAUAAUGCCAAUAAUUAUCACAAAGAGAAGCUGGAACAGAUAAAAACUCGAAGUACAGGGAAAAGUGAAAAAAAUGAUAUUGAUUUAUUUUUUGACUGCAUGUCUGAAACAGUAAAAAAGCUCCCUAAAAUGGAGCAAAUCAAAUUAAAAUUCGAUAUAAUGAAGCUGGUGCAUGAAGCUGAACUUAAAUGUUUAGAAAGUGUCCACAACUAACCCUACCACCACAAAACCCAGGUAGGUUUACCAACGUAAAGGAAAAAAUCCGAAAUCGUUAAUUUGUUGUGCCAUCACUAGAAAAUAAUAAUAAUGUUAUUGCCAUUAAAAUCAGAGUUCCUGCUUUUACUGUCAAAUCGGCAGUAUUAUUUAGCCACCUUUGUAAUAUGAAUGUA